AUUAUGCAACACUAUAGGAUAUAAAUUCGCGGCGUUGCCACACAUCGGAUGCGUGUUUAACCGCCGCCGUAAACACGUGUGAAAGUCGGUUUGGUUGAUUGCGAAAAUGCACAUCGAUGAUGGACUUAAGCAAUGGCUGGACAACCCCAACAAACCUUUCGACUCAAAGCUGAACUUUGCCAUUAAAGUGUGGCAGUCGUUUGAUUUCGCCUGCCCCAACAAAUAUGAAGUCAUUAUCACAUGGCUGACCGAAGCGCUGAGAAAUUCGGUCAGCGUUAAUCUACCAGUGCUACAGUUGCAGCAGCUGUUUCGGCUGCGUUCACAACCAGGCGCCGUGUCAACGGCCAGCAAAACAGCGCUUAUAUUAGUAUUGCUUCGGGUGACAACUGCUCAGCCAUCUACCCGCGCUGCUGGGCCAGAGCUUCUGCGCGACAUGCUUAACUUCGAAUUACUGCAAGACACGCUGCGGAGCGACUAUAAACUGCUCAUGCAAAGCUACUCCACGCUUUUCCAGAGUUACGAGCGGUACUUAGUCAGCCAUGUACCGGCGUCGGCUGACUCGCUUGAGUCGGAGUUUGCUUUGCCGCUUUUACAGCAACUAAGCGACUACGUGCAGCGCGCCCAGAACCUUGAGCCAUUACGCAAAUGCUACGAUAAGAUUGCUCUCCGACCACUAGUGGAACUGUAUUUGCAAUUGAGAAUACGCGGAGUAUGCUGCUUCGAACAGAUUGCUGCGCUGGAAAAACAACUGACAUCCAAAAUUCGAAGCCCGAACUCAACACUGAUCGAUCGUCUGAAGAUUCAGGUGCCAUAUUCGCGAUUUCUUGCGUUAGAAUGUCUACUAUACAAUCACCGUUUUGAACCCAAAUACGUUCAAUUAGUUCUAGAGCGCGUGUUUGACCAGCAUCUCGGUGAAUCACGACAGGCACCAGAGCUUGUGCUCUCCGAGGCAGCUUAUACAUUGGAGGCCCUGCGCAAGCACGAGAUCUCUUUGCAGUUCGUCAUGCAGCCGCUACCUACAACGAUGACACCGCAACCUUUAUCAGCAACUGAGAAAAAGGAGACGGCACUUGCUUAUGUAGAGAGGCAGAUCUACCAAUACGUGCGCAUGCACAAGCAUAAUCACCUGCUCGGCGUGCUACGGUUGCUAUGCUCGGCACUGCGACUCAAUCCGCUCCUACUUGAACAACAUGUGUACCAGAUUGCUGUCUGGAUGCUAACCACGCCCAAGUACACUGCGGAUGAGCAUAUCUUGUAUGCUGAAUUUCUGGUCCACCUAUUGGACAUGUUUCGGCGCUUGAGCCGCGCCGAACGCUUUGUCAUGAAUCUGAUAAAGACGCUGCGCGAGUGGUUGGCCAAAUUCGAGCUGAAGUGCCCAUAUAGGCGCGACGACGAGGACAAUUCCGGUCGAAGCCCCUCAAAGCGCAGAUGUCUGGAUGACGAAAAGGACCCAAAUGAAAAUAUUUACAUGAAACUCCUCUUUGGCUCGUUUAAAUCUUCACCUCCGGCCUCGGUAUUACCUGAUCCUUUCGAACACCUGUCACAGAGAUGGCCCACCUCAACAGUUGGUGUGGCCUUUACACAUCUGAUCACUCAGCUGAUGGCAAAGCCUUCAAUUGUUAUCUGGAAAACGCUGCUACACGCACUUUCCGAGCUGUUAGACGAAAAUUGCGCCGUGGUGCUGCCAUCUAACCUUGACUUUUCUAUGGAACUGCAUGCAGCAUUGCUCUGUCAAUACUUUCAAGGCACACGCGUGGCAGAGCAACUGGAAUCGCACCAGGCAGCGGUGGAGGAGCAAUUGUUUCACACCGGCAAGGUGCUGCAGAAAUUUGGGCGCCACCUUCUGCGACAGGAGCAUAACCGGAGAACUAUGAACGCUUUUCUCGAGUGCCUUGAACAGGCCAGUAGUUUUGAACAUAUGUUGCUCUACUAUUGGCCUGAUGGCUUGGCACGAGUAUACAAUGGACCUAACCAGUUGCACGACUUUCUGGCACAGUCGGAAUGGACGUUGAUCCGACAACGCGUGCACAACUUUGGCCGUAAGGGCUGCCGUCGUCGUUUAAAACAUCUUGACCAGCAACUAGCCAAUGCGCGCUGGCUGUUCGACAAACAUCGUCCUGCGCUGUGCGCGGAUGCGAUGCCCAUUGAGUCACUUAGCUCGUUGACACGGGAACAGAAGAAUUUGCUCAUCCAAAAUCAGGAAGACCAAUAUAGAGUUAGUGAAUAUACAGUUUGGCAUGCGGAUGCCGAUUGCGUGGAGUUAUUGGCGCUGAAAUCACUUGAACACUUUGCCACGACUCUUCGCGAGGCUAAAGUAACAGAAGCGCUGAUACCAAAGCUGCCUUUUGGUACGCUGCGUCAUGUCCAAAACGAAGGGGCGCUUGUUCAGCUUGCAACAACCAUACGUCAGCAUGACAGGGCCAUAAUAAAGCGCUUUCCCAAACAACCAACGGCAGAUAUAGUGCACUCGCUUAAAGAACUACCUAUCGCACAACUCUCUAGGAACGUAAAGUCGAAACUGUGGCUACUGGUUUUCUCCCUAUACCGGGACCUCAGAUACGCACAAGAAGAGGAUGAUCAUAUAAACGCACUUCUCGAGUUGCUGAUUGAUAUGAUGCAUUUUGGUCAGCCGCUGGCAAUUUGCCUUUUCUUCCCAAAAAUUAAUGAGCUAUUGGAGCUAGUACCUGCGACCCCCUUGCCAAUGUCGGGGUGGCGCUUCUACCAUACGCUUUUCGUACGCUCCAUCCGCCGCCAUGGACCAGGCACUGACAUUUUCCUAACAUCCUGUGCUGAUUAUCUGUGCCAAUGUCUGAAAGCUGCUCACAAACUGAAGCGACAGGAGUGCAGCCUACUACUUUUGGCUAUCGAGACCCUGACCGCAAUGUCGGGCGCCCAAGCAAGGCGGCAGCUGCAACCUUUUCUCGAGACCUACGGCUUGUUCUUAGCGCACAAGUUUCGAAGCAUAAGUAAGGAUCCAUCAUACUACAAAGAGUUCGUCCAGGCGACCCUCGGUGGCUAUGCCAUUUACGUAAGCACCGUCAUCAAUCGCGCCGAGAAGCAAGAAGCGAAUGCAGUGCCCAUCGACGAAAGUUUUCGGCGCGUUUGCAAGAUAUACAUAGGACAUUCUCUUAACUAUCGGAAUCCGCAUGCUAUACGCCUGCUGAACGUGGCACUGACACAUCGUCAACAGCUCCACCUCGACCAGGACGAGAUUGAGUUCGUGCUCAACACAUAUUGGCAGCAGCUGUGUGCGGACAUAGAGUCCGGUGAAAUGCCCAUUAAAUCUAUUGAGCCAGCCAUCAAGCUCAUCAUUGGCUACAAGACCAAUGAGGACUUUCUUCUGCUUCUGCGGGGCCUCGCAAUCCAAAUCGAUGAACUACCUCAGCCGGUGCCUCCGGAGCAGCAUACAUGCCUACGGAAUGUCCUUACAUUACUGUCACUUUUCGCCAAGUGCGCGUUAAGCAGUAUCAAAGGUGCGAUUCUGAAUGAGUACUUCGAGCUGAUUAGUGGUAAUGUUGUUCUGCGCUUGCCACCCGGCAGCUCCCCCACUCACUGCAGUCAAUUGGUCUGCUUGCUAGAGGCACAGCGGGCUCUCGCUGGUAAUCGUACUAUUCCGCUAAGCGGCGACACCCUCGACUGCAUGCUUACGACCGUGCUGAACGUGGACAUUAAACGACACAUUAGUGCCGGGGGUUGCUGGGAACACUUUGUAGAGCUGCAUACGGCAAUCACAGAUAACUGCACGACGCUGCUGCGCCAACGGAGUCCCAUUAUGGCAGAUCGCGUGCCACAACUGACGAUGAUCUACCAGGAUCUGCUGCAGUCCAUUGUGUGCUACAAGUCCGGGCGCACUCAGGCAAUCAGUGAGUCGGAAGUAGAUUGCCUCGCCGAGCUCGGUCUAAAGUUGGCCACUUUCAUAGCUAGCGUGGUCAGCAUGCAAGCAUUGGCCGUGAAGCGUGUGGCACCGUUCUUGCUGAUUUUCACUAUUAAACAAAUGGUGGGCAGCGAACAACCUACUACUGUCUUCGAAAAGAUCAAGAUGCAAGUUGUUCACAUUUGCCACCAACUGAUUAGUCUUUGUGACCAUCGGUCUGGACACUUCGUUUUGCGCGCUAGUAGCGAAGCUGGUAGACGCAUGUAUCAGAGUUUAAUCAAAGAGCACGAAAAGUAUCACAGAUUCAAGGGGAAAGUGUGAGCAAGACCUGGCCAUUAAUUCAUGUUUCUUAUUGGUUUUAUCAACAUUCACCUGCCUAAAAGCAUUUUCUAUUCCAGUAACGAAUGCGGAAUCUUUAAAGGACAAUCACACAAUUUCAUUUUUAUGUAUAGUGCUAGCAGAUCUUGCCCAUCUUUGAUGGGUUAAGUGUUUUUUCUCACAAUUAUAAUUUUUUUUACAAUAUGCUAUUUCUCUUCCGACACUAUAAAAUUUCUAAAGGAACAACCAAUAGCUAAAGGAACAACCGAGAGCUAGGGCAUAUCACAAGUAUGAUCAUACGUAUACAUACAUAAUAUAUAUGGAUAUUUAUGUACUAUGAUUAAAAGCACUAAAAUUUA